AUGAAUUCUCCGUUGGUGGAGCAGACUCUGGAUGAGAUCGAGAACACUCUAAAGUUUCUCAGCACAGAUUUUGAAUCCGACCACGAGCCAGCACCUGAGGAUGUGCGCGGCUCAACGGCUUCGGCUCCUGUGCGCCCGCUCUACUCUAACCGGCAAAGCAUGAGCCCUGGUAUAUCGCCCCAGAGCAAGUCUGUCGCUUCUUGGCCAUUGUGUUCAGAGGAGGAUGUGGCCUAUUUUGUCUACGCUGUCGAGUCGUCCCAACGCAGACCGUCACAUGGGAUCGUGCCGCCUCCCCGCAACCCUGCACGCAACUCUGUAGCAUCGUCAAGACGAAGACAGUCCUCGUCUGCCGGAUCCACAUCCUCAUUUGCGCCUAAUCCAUUCCCAGCUCCAGCAAAACCGCUACCUGCUCUGCCGCCUCCAACACGCUCAUCAAGGCGCCUCUCACAGCAAUUGUCCAUAUCUGAGCGUGGCUCCUUUGCCGAAUGCGAUCGGUUCUCACAAUACUCCGGAACAACCACUACUGAGCCAUCGAGAUCAUCAGUCCUGUCUAUUAACCCCUUUAGUCCUACGUUAGACAUCACAGAGCGGCCGCUCACCGCCUGCACGAGUCCAGAAGGAGGAAGCCCGCAGACCACUAGCCCGAAAUCAAGCCUCCCAGAGAGUCCGGUGCUAGAUGCUGCAUCACCAGACCCGGAACCGCAGACGGCGGAUGGCCCAAGGAAUCAGGUCGCACUACAGGUAAAGCACCGCCAGCACUUCCGGGUUGAGAAACGCAAGGGAAAUUCCAUCAUCUACAUUGAUGCCUCGGCUUCCGGCCCCACAUUCGCGACGAAGCACGGCAAGAACCUGCUCCGAUUCUGGUCGAUUGGAACUGGCCUUCUCACUGGUGCCGUCAAGUUUUCCGCCUAUAUCGACGCCCAUCCUCGGUCACGCGACUACCUUGUCCGGAGCCAUGCCAUUCUCUCUGAGCGGGAUCGACUGGUUGCCAUCUCGACCCGGUUUGGUCGUACCGUCGAGAUGUGGGAUUGGGCCAAGAACAAGAAGCUCCAGCAAAUCAGCGACGUGGACCGCUGGGCGUCCGGGCGAUAUGACUCUUUUGAGCAUGGAUGGAGUCCCUUCGCGGCGUACCGAGGGGACACGUCUACGAUCGACCUGUAUGCGGCGAUGAGGCGCGACAAGAAGCCAUUUGCCAAGGUUCGCACCAUCGAUCUAAAGAAGGCACACCUGCCCACGACAAUGCAGUUCCCUGAGCUUGCCCUCUCCCCUACCAGUCCUCUGCUUGUUGCUGCCUCGGGGCCCAGGACACCACGCGCCGGUCGGCCGCCACCAUUCCGCGAGACCCUGCUUGUGGCCUGGGAGAUUGAUGACUAUCGCGAGGUGUCCAACGAGCCAUACCGGGUCCUCAAACCAUGGGACCACCGUGAGCUGAACAACGCAUGCCCAUUCAGCCUCUAUACGUAUGGAAGUCUUGCUGUCUCAAUCUGGAUCCCUGCCAGCCAGCGCUCAGAAGCCAGAGGCUCGACGAUGACGGGCUCUGUUGACUUCAAACUGGUUCCGGUGGACGUGGCUUUCCGAUACGUGCUGGUGUGGGACAUGUCCAAGGACUCGACGCGAUUGUACCCAAUCCCCAACACGACCUCAUGCAUCUCCCCAGACUGCCGAUUCGUGGCAUACUGCCAGAUUGCGGACAGGCUGAGCAAGCUCGCGGUGCUGGACGCCACGACCGGUGAGGAGGUGUGGUGUGUCGGGGGUGAGGGCAACCUAAAGUCCAUCGAGCAGUUCGGCGACCUCUCUCAGAUUACUGAUUUGGCAUUCUCUCCCGACGGAAGGCUUCUCUUCCUCGGAGACGCUGAGGGGACGACGAGGGUGUGCGAUGUCGGCGAGGUGAACUAG